AUGAGGUCGGACACAGCUGCCUCGAAAUUGCCAAAGUUUCGGAUCCUCAUGCUACAUGGCUUUGCUGCGACCGGGUCUUAUAUUGAGGCAAAAAUCAGUCCUAUAGCACAUCGUAUCACCGAACUUCUUGCGCCCGAGAUCCUUUCAGAGUUUCCAGGUGGCAUCGAGUUCUUGAGCCCAGAUGCGCCUUUGGUUCUCGAACCCCCAAUUGGACUUGGGUGGAACAGCGAGGAUUUUGUCGAAGAUGAGCGCGACAAGCAAACGGUGAUAGCUCAAGCUAAAGAAGAACAAACAAACCGAGGCUGGUGGUAUGGUCGGGAUACGGUGAAUGAUUACAAGGGCAUCGAGAUCUCGCUUGCCUCCCUGGCCGAAUUCAUCCAUGGCAGGCCCAUUCAUGGCGUUAUUGGAUUUUCGCAGGGAGCUGCUGUAGCAGGGAUGGUGUGCUCUUUACUCGAAUGCCAUGGAAACCCGGACAAGGUCACGGCUAUUCGCGCACAGGGUCUUCCUGUGGACGAUUACCUACGCCUUCCAGACCAGGAACGCUUGAGAUUCGUCAUGUCUAUUGGAGGAUACCAGGGGACAUUAAAAUACUAUGGCAGUCUCUACCAGUGGCCAAUGCACACACCAAGCUGUCAUACACUCGCCAGCAUGGAUGCUGUCGUUGAGCAUGAGUUGUCUAUGAACUUGGCGCGCUCUUUCGUCUCAUACGAAAUCGUGGAAUACCUCGGCUCUCACUUUAUUCCUCGUGAUCCUGCAAGCGUAAAUGCUCUGGCACGCUUCGCCGCCAACGCCUCUCUGCUCUGCGACUCGCGUCCUAUAGCUACCGCCACUCCGCCCCUCAGUCGAUCUGUCAACACAACCGAUGACGAAGAUCAAAGCAGCACCGCAACUUUGAGCACAUUGGGGUCCGAUAAGUCGUUCAAAUCAGUCACUGUUUGGAAGCGGACAAGAAAGACGCAUGUUACCUGGGGUCGACGCAUGAAACUUAGCACUCCUCCAGCAAAGUUGGGAAAGGAACCUCAAAACACAAAACUCAGCUUCACACAGACUCACCUAAGAGUUUGA